GCAUCCUUCGGGGCGGCGGGCGGAGCUGAGGUCCCGGCUGCGGGAUGGAGGAGGAGGGUCGGCGCGGCGCCCACCCGGCAGGCUUAUCUGCCUUGGGCCUCUCUUGUCACGUAUCAUUCAUCUGUGAGUUGAAGCCCUGACUCCUUUCCCAUUGAGCACUUUUGGAGAGCAGAAGGAAGAGGCGUUUCUCUCUGAAGAUGAACUCAACAGAUCCCCUUGAGGAUGCCUACAAUGCCACCUUGCUACACGUGCCUCACUGGCAGGGAGGGAACAGCUCCUCUCUCCAGGAGGGGCUCGAGGAUCUCAUCCACACGGCCACCUUGGUGACCUGUACGUUUCUGCUCACCGUCAUCUUCUGCCUGGGCUCUUAUGGCAACUUCAUUGUCUUCUUGUCUUUCUUUGAUCCAGCCUUCAGAAAAUUCAGAACCAACUUUGAUUUCAUGAUCUUGAACCUGUCCUUCUGUGACCUCUUCAUCUGUGGAGUGACGGCCCCCAUGUUCACCUUUGUGUUGUUCAGCUCGGCCAGGAGUGUCCCAGAUGGGUUCUGCUUCACCUUCCAUCUCACCAGUUCAGGCUUCAUCAUCAUGUCCCUCAAGACAGUGGCGGUGAUCGCCCUGCACCGGCUCCGGAUGGUGCUCGGGAAGCAGCCUAAUCGCACAGCCUCUUUUUCCUGUACCUUGCUCCUCACUCUACUUCUCUGGGCCACCAGCUUCACCCUGGCUACUCUGGCUACCUUGAAAACUAGCAAGUCCCACCUCUGUCUUCCCAUGUCCAGUCUGAUGUCUGGAGAAGGGAAAGCCAUCCUCUCUCUCUAUGUUGUUGACUUCUUCUUUUGUGUCACUGUGGUCUCUGUCUCUUACAUCAUGAUCGCUCAGACCCUGCAUAGGAAUGCUCAAGUCAGAAAGUGCCCCCCUGUCAUCACAGUUGAUGCUUCCAGACCACAACCUUUCAUGGGGGCCCCCGUGAAGGGAGGCGGAGAUCCCAUCCAAUGUACCGUGCCAGCUCUAUAUAGGAACCAGAAUUACAACAAACUGCAGCAUGUUCAGACCCAUGGAUACACCAAGAGUCCCAACCAGCUGCCAACUCCUGCAGCCAGCCGACUCCAGCUGGUAUCCGCCAUCAACCUCUCCACUGCCAAGGAUUCCAAAGCUGUGGUCACCUGUGUGAUCAUUGUGCUGUCGGUCCUGGUGUGCUGUCUUCCACUGGGGAUUUCCUUGGUGCAGGUGGUUCUGUCCAACAAUGGGAGCUUCAUCCUUUACCAGUUUGAACUGUUUGGAUUUACCCUUAUAUUUUUCAAGUCAGGAUUAAACCCUUUUAUAUAUUCUCGGAACAGUGCAGGGCUGAGGAGGAAAGUGCUCUGGUGCCUCCAAUACAUCGGUCUGGGUUUUUUCUGCUGCAAACAAAAGACUCGACUUCGAGCCAUAGGGAAGGGGAACCUGGAAGUCAACAGAAACAAAUCCUCCCAUCAUGAAACAAACUCUGCCUACAUGUUGUCUCCAAAGCCACAGAAGAAAUUUGUGGACCAGGCUUGUGGCCCAAGUCAUUCAAAGGAAAGUGUAGUAAGUCCCAAGAUAUCUGCUGGACAUCAACACUGUGGUCAGAGUAGCUCGACCCCCAUCAACACUCGGAUUGAACCAUACUACAGCAUCUAUAACAGUAGCCCUUCCCAGGAGGAGAGCAGCCCAUGUAACUUGCAGCCAGGAAACUCUUUUGGAUUUGCCAACUCAUACAUUGCCAUGCAUUAUCACACUACUAAUGAUUUGAUGCAGGAAUAUGACAGCACUUCAGCUAAGCAGAUUCCAGUCCCCUCUGUUUAAAGUCAUGGGGUCUAGAGACUCUUUUGUAAAUGGUUUUGUGUCAGAUGCUAACUGAGUCUUUUUUAAC